AUGACAGACGAGUUCGACGCGGAGCUGGACUACAUCGCAAACUACGAAAUGCUGACGAACGUCCUACCCGAUGUCGACGACGAGACCACUACUCCUACCGGUGGAUCUGAGAGAACUCUUUCGGGUUGUGACGAGAAUUUUAGCUUCGAUUUUGCGACGACUGAGGCUCAAGACCUAUUUGAUACCAGCACCGGACCUCGUCUUGACUCGAACAAGUCCGUUGCAAAGACGAACACGAUCUCAUCCCAGUUGCGCUCUAUGAAGAGGCGGGCACCACAACCGCGCCGCGUAUCCCGAAGGAAGGUGAUCGCAGAGCUACGAAUCGAGGUAGAUGAACUGUCCCGGACCCAGAAGGAGCUCAAGACAUCGCAUUUGAGCCCAAUUUCUCAGGAUUUACAGUCGCCUACUGGGCAGCACCGACUGAUGCGGCACGUUCAGGAGAAACUCUGGAAAGGGAUCGCCUCCAGACAGCUCACUCUGCGUCAAAAAGCUGAAAAGGAAAACGCAACACUUAGUCGUCUUCUACGAGAGCAAGCUAAGGAGCGGGAGAACAUCAAACGCUUAUUCAAGCAUCGGUGUAACGACGAGAUGUUGGAACGAGUUCCUUUCUCCAAGCGGUCGACUCUUUGUGUGCCUAACCCACUUAGCUCCGGUGACAAGACGUUCAUGAAACUAUUAUCAGAGACGGAUUGCAUGCGUCAAGAUAUUGCGGCGAUAGUCAACAAAGCAGAGAUGGACCAGAUUUUCAGCCCAGGACGGACGAGGAAAAUCCGCUCCGACGUAGUCACCGGGACAUUCAUCGAAUUCAAGGACAGAAACCGUGUAGCAUUUGGCCUUUCAUCGACUGAGAGGGCUAUGUGGAAGGCUUUAAACGCUCCUAAAGAUCAGAUGGGGACCACGUCGGCGCCAAGAAUAUCCACAACUCCGGUGACAUCGCGACUAGCAAUGUGGGAUACACUUGCUUAG